AUGCAUCACGCGGCUCUCGACGGAGUUUUGAUCGAAGUGCUUAACAAGAUGGAAACCAGAUAUCAUCAUGGUCUCUGUAAUCCAAGGAGAGAUGAGAGAAUCCCAGUUCCUUUCCAAUAUCUGAAGCAUCGCAUGGACAACGAAAGUGAGGCGGACAAGUUCUGGGGGCAGAAGUUGGGCGCUGACCCCGCCGUCUUCCCCAAACUCCCCUCGCAGAACUAUCACCCCACGGCGAAUGAAAUCCUGGAGUACCGGAUGACCGAGGUUCCUCGCCUUCAACAUAAUGGCAUUCGGCUAUCGGCUGCUGUCUGCGGCCUCUUGGGCGAUUCUUCAAGCAUGUUACACGCAUUCACCUGA